UCGAACCCGUCGAAUCGUCAACCUGGGUUGUGGGAUUACUCAGGCCCCAUGCAGAAUUUCCCCCUGCCGUCAACAUGGCGUUCGCACUCGACGAAUGUGGUCGCGAUGGCGGAGAUAAAUGAACGCGCUUGCCACCAUUGCACACCUGCUGUGCUUCUAGGCGUAUGUACGAAUACUGUCUCGACGUCCAGGCCGAGCCAGCCUGGAUUAAAGAGGACAUCUCCCGGGAGGUCUGGCUUUCUUCGCUAGUUGCGCGUGAACUAGACAACCUCUAUAGCGCAUCACAAUGGAGCACCACCAAGACGUCCAGCAGCCUGCGCUGUACCAGCCGUUGCCAGAUGCCCAACAGGAGAAGGUCGGACAGUUCCAGUACCAGCAGGCAUACGAGCCGCAACAGCACCACAAUGACCACAACCCGCCGGCCUCAAGCCCCACUAUGCUCAAUGUCACACGAGGCGUUGCGCUGAGCGUGACGGGCGUGGUUGUGUUCCUGUUGAUCGCCGUCAUUGGGCUCAGCGCUGGCCUUGGGGUUAGUCAACGGGACUUGGGGCAGGUGAAGGGUGAUUUGCGGGCAGCGCAGGAUGCGCUCUCUGCGGGCAGUGCGCGGACGAGUCAGGCUGUGUUGCCGAGCUCGACUACGAUAUCCGCACCAGCGGCAGCAUCCCCCACAGCGACGACGGCUGACGUGCAAUGCCCCCGGGUCAACGGCACCAUGUAUACGGCGAGUUCCGGAGGCAAACAGUUCCGGCGGCUCUGCGGUGUCGAUUACGGUGGCGAGGGGGAGGCGGUUGACAUUGGCAACGUCAAGACGCGGAACAUGGACGCUUGCAUCGACGCGUGCGCCUCGGAGGCAAACUGCACGGGGGCAGGAUGGGGCGUCAUCGAGGGCGACAAGGGCGCGACGCACACCUGCUGGAUGAAGACCAACUUGACUCGACCGCACGAGGCUAUGCCCGACUGGGGGUUUGCCGUGCUGGUGCCAGCAGGACCAGAAAAGUAGGGUGUAACAGGGAGGUCGUGGACGGUCGGGAGUACUUUUUGAAGUUUUAAUGAGAAUCAUUGUUUUAGAGGGGACGCUGGUGUGAGUUAUUCUGUUUACUCAAGCUCCCGCGAUGCCGGGAGUCGAUGUUCCUUGCGACAAGAAGGCACCCUGGCACGUGCCUGAGUCUUUUGGGUAGCUGUUGUCUGUGUAC